AUCCCAAUCCCCUUCCCCUCGAUCCCAAAACCCUAGCAGCAGCAGCCAUGGCCAUGGAGACGCAAUCCGCCGCGCCGCGCCUCCUCGGCCCACCCGUCAUCCGCGGCGUCCGCCCGUCACCCACCGCCGACGCCGCAACCCCCGCAUCCCACCCGUUCGUCGACCUCCUCGACGCGGCCUUCAACGCGCCGUCCGCCGCGGAGAUCAAGUCGCUCCUCAAGCCGCAGAAGUCCCUCACGGAGAACUCCUCCGCGACGUACGCCAACUCCGGCAACCCCUGCCUCGACUUCUUCUUCCAGGUCGUCCCCGACACGCCGCCGGAGCGCGUGCGGGAGCUCCUCGCCGCCGCGUGGGCCCAAGACGCCCUCACCACCCUCAAGCUCGCCUGCAACCUCCGCGGCGUCCGCGGCACGGGCAAGUCGGACAGGGAAGGGUUCUACGCCGCCGCGCUCUGGAUCCACACGCACCACCCCAGGACGCUCGCCUGCAACGUCGCCGCGCUCGCCGAGUUCGGCUACCUCAAGGACUUCCCCGAGCUGCUGUUCCGGCUCAUCCAUGGCCCUGACGUGCGCAAGAAGGCCAGGGAUAAUGCCGCUGCUGAGAAGACGCGCAGGAAGGAGAAGGCGCUGAGGAAGCAGAGGGAGGCGCUCAUCGCGAGUUUGGCCGGCCGGAAGCGCGCCCGUGAAGCUGCUCCUGUUCUGCACAAGGCCACGUUCGGGGAUUUCUUGUCCGCUGCCCUCGGCAAUUCCAACAUUAAGACGCCCGUGAAGGUCGUGAAGGAUGCUCCGGUGGCCGAGAAGAAACCGGAGGCCAUGGAGGUGGAUCAGAAGAAGAAACCGGCGCGGGGGAUGUCGAAGAAGGUCAGGAAGGUGGCCAAGGUCGCCGUGCAGUCGCUGGAGACCUACUACGGCGACUGCGCCUACCGAUUCCUGCUCGACUCCGUCGCCGAUUUCUUCGCCGACCUCCUCGCCUCAGACCUCGAGCAGAUGGCCCCCGGCGGGAAGCAGAGGAAGAUCGGGCUCGCCGCCAAGUGGUGCCCCACGCCGGGAUCAUCGUUCGACCGCACCACGCUGCUCUGCGAGGCCAUCGGCCGCCGUCUCUUCCCGCGUGACUCCGAUCCUGAGUAUGCCGGGCUCUCGGAGGAGCACUACACCUACCGCGUCCUGCACCGGCUCCGCCGCGAGGUCCUGGUGCCGCUGCGCGAGGUCCUCAAGCUCCCGGAGGUGUACAUGAGCUCGCAGCGCUGGGACGAGCUGCCAUACGCCCGCGUCGCCUCGGUGGCCAUGAAGCGCUACAAGACCCUGUUCAAGAAGCACGACGAGGAGCGCUUCGCCAAGUACCUCGAGGACGUCGAGGCGGGCAAGGCCAAGAUCGCUGCGGGCGCGCUCCUGCCGCACGAGAUCGCCGCCGCCGCGUACCGCGGCCAGGAGGACGAGGUCUCGGAGCUCCAGUGGCGGCGCAUGGUGGACGACCUCCGCGCCAAGGGCUCGCUGCGCAACUGCAUCUCCGUCUGUGACGUGUCCGGGAGCAUGAUGGGCACACCGAUGGAGGUGUGCGUCGCGCUGGGCGUGCUCACGUCGGAGCUGAGCGAGGCGCCGUGGGCGGGCAAGGUCAUCACCUUCAGUGCAACACCUGAGAUCCACCUCAUCAAGGGCAAGACCCUCCUGGAGAAGAUGAGCUUCGUCAAGACCAUGCAAUGGGACAUGAACACCAACUUCCAGGCGGUGUUCGACCGCAUUCUCAGCACGGCGGUGGGUGCUCGGCUUGCGCCGGAGAAGAUGAUCAAGACCGUGUUCGUGUACAGCGACAUGGAGUUCGACAAGGCCUCCGGGAGAGGCGGCGGGCAUUAUUAUGGUUAUUAUGGUGCUCGUCCGCAGCAGGGGACCUGGGAGACUGACUAUAAGGUGAUCUGCAAGAAGUUUUCAGACGCUGGCUACGGCUACGCGGUGCCACAGAUCGUCUUCUGGAACCUGCGCGACUCUAAGUCGACGCCGGUGACAUCCACCCAGCCGGGAGUGGCCAUGGUCAGCGGCUUCUCCAAGAACAUGCUCAAGAUCUUCCUGCAGAACGACGGCGUCAUCAACCCGGAGGCUAUCAUGAACCAGGCCAUCGCCGGCGACGAGUACCAGAAGCUGGCUAUAUUUGAUUAGUUAGAUCCAUCCUUUUGUCAAUUCUCAAUAUCUUCAAAGUGUCUGUCGUGGUGUUUUUCUGAAUUCUGAACAGUUUGCUCUGUGGUUGAUAUAUUAGGUUCUUUUCUGAAUUCUUGAACACCUUGCUGUCAUGCUCUGCUUGCAAUUUUCUUCGUUAUGGAUGUUAAUUACCAAGCUAUCUUGAGUUGAUCUCUA